UGUAGAUAUUAGUUGGAGCCGACCUGUGCAGCAGGUGACAGGACCGGACACGGUAGUGUUGGUUCCGAUCUUUUUAAGAGGGUGAGGUAGAAGGGUCGUAACGAGAUGGAGGAGCAAAAGAUAGCUGUGGUGGUGACUGGAUUUGGCCCUUUUGGAGAACACACUGUGAAUGCAAGUUGGGUUGCAGUUCAGGAAAUGGAAAAGUUGGGCUUGGGAGAAGAGGUAGAUUUGAAUAUUUAUGAAAUUCCAGUUGAAUAUGAGACUGUUCAAAGACUAAUCCCAGCACUGCGGAAAAAACACAAACCAAAGGUGAUUGUUCACGUAGGAGUGUCUGGCAUGGCUACAGCUAUAACACUAGAGAAAUGUGGUCACAACACAGGCUACCAGGGUCUUGAUAAUUGUGAAUUCUGCCCUGGCACGCAGUGUUGUGUGGAAGGAGGACCAGAAUGCUUGCACUCCAUUAUCGACAUAGAUACAGUCUGCAAGAGAGCUGCUGCAGCUGGCCUGGAUGUUCAGUUCACUGUGUCUACAGAUGCUGGCAGAUACCUCUGUGAUUUUACUUACUACACCUCCUUAUACCAGAGCCAUGGCAGAUCGGUAUUCAUCCAUGUACCCCCUCUAGGGAAACCCUACACAGCAGUACAGCUGGGCCAGGCUAUUCAAACCAUUAUCAGGGUGAUACUUGACAUGCUAGAGCAAUCUGAAGACCAUCUUAACUGUGGCCACAGUUAGAACUGACCAACAUGAAGAUAUCCCUUGCUACAAUACAACUGACUGCCUAUACUGCAGAUUUCUAAGUGCACUUUGGUCACCUAACAGGAAAUGUAAUCAUUGCCACUUAUUUGUAUUCUAUGAACCAUGUCAAAUUUAAAAUUUGCAUUUGCCAGUAAUAGUCAUCAUUGAGUGUAUUUCUGUUUUCUUAUCUGACAGACAUUAAGGCUAGUUAAUUCAUCCAUGAAGAACGUCUUUUUUUCCUCCUCACACAACAAGGAGUUUGAAACCACCUGGCUUAGUUUGUAUUGUGCUAUAUAGGAUGUAUCCAGAUUAAUUUAUUUUACUAAAAUGUAUUAUUCUCACUUUAAUUUGUAUUUAGUGAAUAGAUGGCUAGCUUUGAAUCAAAUUAUUUAGGCAUGAUCUAGGGAAUUUAUGUUUAUUUGCUACGUUAUAAAGGAAGUAUGUUAUGUGAACAUCAACUGUUCAUCUUUUUUAGCCAAAAAUUGACAACCAUGACAGAAACAAGAAGGAGGUUUUAUUUGGUGCAAUAUUAAGUUAUAUGUAAACGCAUCUUAGAGCUUAAGAUGGCCAUACACGAGCCUCCCUGUGAACGAUCUUGUUGGCUAUCCAUUUGUUUUAACAAAUAAUUCAUCUUUCAAUGGUUAACGAUAUGUGAGAAGACUUCUGUCUUUGUCUAACAUAUAUUAAC